GUACUACUAAGUAUCAUGAGUAUCAAGCCUUCAUAUAAGUAUCGAAAGUCUCUCGUACAUGUUUUUUUUUCUUACUCUACCGUUAAUAUAUUCUUUACUCCCUUAUACUUUUGAACUUCUCGGCAGGUCCGCUUACUAUACAUUUUAUUUCAUUUUAGACCGGUUCUAUUUAUCUUUUAGCAAUCAUGCAAUACUCAACCCUUUUUGUCACCCUACUUCUAUCUACUGCCGUAGCAGCUAAGGGUAAGAAUGGUACCCUGACUGAGGAACAAACUUGUAAAGAAAUGCUUGGUUUGAACUCAUUUGUUAAAUUCGCCAACGACCCAGCUAAAGUUGCGGCCAUCACCGGAAGUAUGUUAUCCUUCUCUAUCCUAAUGCAACAAGUCUUUAAGCCCUUAUAUCCCCGAAAUCCUAACUAACCACCUGAAAGAUGACACAACCAAAGUCGCGGCUCUCCAAGCUAAAGCCUCUGCUGCCUCCGUCAAACUCACGGAGCUUCAAUCCAACACCACCCUCAUGACGAACUGUGCCGUCAUCGACGCAGCAAUCAUGACCAAUUCCUCCUGCACGCAACAAUUCCUCCUCCAAAAAUUCGUCGAUUUCGCCGCCAACCAAACACUGGUCACAGCCACCGUCAACAACGACAUGACCAAAGUAGCAAAAAUUGAACUCAAGGCUUCAGACGCAGCAGCCAAACUUCAAAUGCUACAAUCGAAUGCUACCUUGCAAGCAGCUUGUCCCGCGGUCUUCAUGGCUGACGAAUGUAAAAUGAUGGUUGCGCUUCAGAAAUUUGCAAAUUUGGGUAUGGAUGAUAAGAAGUUGAGUAAGAUUGCUGAGGGGAAUGCAACAAAGGAGGCGGAUAUUAAGGCUGCGGCUGGAGUGGCGGAAAUGCAGGUUAUGAUGAUGAAGGCGAAUUCGACGUUGAUGGCUGAGUGUAUGAGUAUGGGGAUUGAGAUUACUGGUGGUGAGUCUUUUUGUUCUGUCCUUGUUUUCUGCUUGGUGGGAUAUGGAUGAAUAGGAUGGAGAUUUAUGAGAUGGAUCUUUUAUGGGAUGAGGUUGAAUGAGCUGAGAUGAGCUGAGAUGAGAGUAAAGACUAAUCAGUGAAACCAAAUAGAUGCAACAGCAAAAUCAACUACAUCUUCCGACGAGACUGCAAAGUCUAAGUCUGCGGCUAGUAUUAAUGGUAUGAGUAUUAGCGCAAUUUUCAUGGGUGUUUUGGCUCUGGGUAUGGCUAUGUUGUAGGGUUAUAGUGUGUGCUAUGAAUGGCUUGCUUAGGAUGGAGAUUGGGACUACGGUUGGGCUCUAUAUGUUUAUAUGAGUAUAUGGAUAUAUAUAGUACUGGUUGGAGAAUAGGAUGAUGGGAUGGGAUGAGAUGGG